CCUGCUCUGCUCUCCCGGCAUUUAUCCAUUCAACCUUCCCUCGCCAAGUAGUUUCAUGCCGCGCCUUGCCACGUCUUCGCGUCUCCCGAUCUCCCUCUUAACAUCUCGACGUCUCUCUCCUUUUUUUUCUCUCUCUUCUCAUCUACUCUUCUCUCUAACAUCAACAAUGGACUUCCUCAAGCAGGCGCAGGGCUUCAUGGGCCAGCAGGGCGGCCAGCAGCAGCACCAGCAGCAGCAGGGUGCCGUCGACCCCAACGUCCAGCAGCAGCAGCAGCAGCAGGGCGGCAUGGGCGGCAUGGGUGGCAUGGGCCAGCAGCAGCCCCAGGCCGGCCAGGCUACCGGCCAGAUGGACGCUCUUGGUGAGUUCUCCUUUAUCUGUUUCUCUUCGCGGCGUGAAUGCUCUCGAGUGAUCCGGGGGAUGGAGUGUCCACCCCUCCUCCUGGCCUUGCCGGCUCUCGCUCUCCCACUCGCAUCGUUUCUCGCCUCCCUGCAAAGCUUGGCAUCCCCUCUGGUUGAGCUCAGCGCCUCGCUUUGCUUGUAGCCACCUCCACUUUCCCCUCCACCACCACCUCCACACUUCUUUUCCACAUCGUCAACCUCCCCAAUCGUUCACAUCCCCCGUCCGUAGCCCCAUCUUCCGGCUACAUCCUCAAGCAUGGAACUAACGAAACCAGACAAGGGUGUCGACGCCGUGCUUGGCAAGUUG